UUAAAGCAGCAAUCAGCGGGUAAAAGUGCUGGGAUGCCCCGCUCCGAACCGAGCCGCAGCGAGCCGCCGGGAGGCUGCAGGAAGGCGGGUUUUGCACCGCGGACUCUCUCCGUGAGAUGUGUCCCGGCGCCGGGGUGGACGUGCGCGGACUGAGCCUGAGCGUGGCUGCAGAAGAUCCGGCGGGGAGCCGCUCUCCGCACACUUGCGCUACUGUGAUGAUGAUGGACAGCUGUUGGUCAUUGAUUCCGUGUUCGGGCUGAGGGAUGAUGAUGCGUGGCCCCCGCGGGGAUCCGGGUUCCGCCAGGGACCGCCGGGCUGAGUUCUGCGGGAGGAGGUGCGGGGGGAGCGGCUGAUCCUCCUCUCUGCGCCCCCGAGCCGCUCCGAGCCGCUCCGAUCCGUGGAAGUGGAACCUACGAGGAGGGUCGUGAUGAUGAUGAUGCUUUCUGGCCAAUGUUUUCUCCUCACAGGUGCACGGAGACUUGACUGGACGAAUUGACAGCUUUGCCAUCAUGGGAUCCCUGUUUUUAUCCCCGUCUGCAUCAGUCAUUUCUCCCCACACGCUGCGCUCAUGGAUCCAGGAAAUAGGUCCGCGGAUAUAACGGAUCCGCAGUAAUUGGUGGUGCUGCGCUGUGAUCCCUGGAGACUGCUGGGUUGUGUAAUGCUUUUAUUCCAUCCCCAGCGCGCACUGCUGUGCAACUUGAAUGGAUGAACGCUAAUUGGGCCCAAAGAUGUAGAGUGAAAUCCACCUGGAUCGACAGUUCCUCCCCCUCGUGUCCACACGGGCUCCCCGGGGACUUCUCACGUUCAAUUGAUUUUAUUCCCAUAGUUUGUUAUUCAGUUUCAUCUGGAAAUAACUUUGAAUGGAUAUAUGGUUCUUAAAAUGUAGUAAGAAUGGAAAGAGCACAAGCUGAUUUCUAUCCAGACCAAUAGGAAGUCCAUAUUUGUGACUUUUACGCAUAGAUAGUUCCAGUGGAAUAAAAGUUUCCCCUGCUGUGUUUAUGUGUCGUGUCCCGGGUUCCCUCCCCACGCCAUGUCCAGAUCCAACAGCGUGAGCCCCCCCGGGGCCGGGGCCGGAGCUCCCGGGCUGAGGGGAGGGACCGAGCUCAGGUCCGCCUGGGGAGAGGCUGAGUCCGUGGCCAAUGGCUGUCCAUACUCGGCCCGAUCCCCGCGCAAGCAGCAGCAGCAGCUCCGCCGGUGGAGGGAGGAGGAUGACCCGGAGCAGCAGCAGCAGCAGCACCCGGCGGGCCGAGCCUGCAGCACCGUGAGCAGGGUCAGCUUCAGGUCCCGCUCGGCCUGGCAGGACCAUGGCGAGGACAAGCAGCGCGCCCCGGGCGAGCUGAGAGCCAGGUCCGUGCAGCUGGGUCUGCAGGAGCGCAGAGCCACCAAGCCCGGCGCCGAGCAGGAGGACCCGGGCAUGCCCGAAGUGAACUGCUCCUUCGCGGCGUGCUGCGUCAGCGUCAUGCACGUCUUCAGGUCUAAGAAGUUCCAGUCGGAGAAGCUGGAGCGUCUGUACCAGCGGUACUUCUUCCGUCUGAACCAGAGCAGCCUGACCAUGCUGAUGGCCGUGCUGGUGCUGGUGUUCUCCGUCAUGCUGGCCUUCCACUGCUCCGGGGGGACGCGCGGCCCCAGCGUCACCUUCGUGCUGGUGUUCUCCCUGGCCAUCGUGCUGACGCUGGUGCUCAUGCUGCUGUGCAACAGGAACGGCUUCCACCAGGACCACAUGUGGCUGGUGUGCUACGGCGUGAUCCUGCUGGUGCUGGUGGUGCAGGUGAUCGGGGUUCUGCUGGUGCAGCCCCGCAGCGCCUCCGAGGGGAUCUGGUGGACCGUGUUCUUCAUCCAUGUCAUCUACACGCUGCUGCCCGUCCGGAUGCGCGCCGCCGUCAUCACUGGGAUUAUUCUCUCCUCCAUCCACGUGGCCAUUUCUUGGAUGUUAAACGGGAUGGACAGCUUUCUGUGGAAGCAGAUAGUGUCCAACGUCCUGAUCUUUUCCUGCACCAACAUCGUUGGCGUGUGCACCCAUUACCCGGCGGAGGGUUCGCAGAGACAGGCCUUCCAGGAGACCAGGGAAUGCAUUCAGGCCCGCCUGCACUCCCAGAGGGAAAACCAGCAGCAGGAGCGUCUCCUACUCAGUGUACUUCCUCGCCAUGUUGCCAUGGAGAUGAAAGCUGACAUAAACGCCAAGCAGGAGGAUAUGAUGUUUCACAAGAUCUACAUCCAAAAGCAUGACAACGUCAGCAUCCUGUUUGCAGACAUUGAGGGCUUCACCAGUCUGGCAUCGCAGUGCACAGCGCAGGAACUGGUCAUGACACUGAACGAACUCUUCGCCCGCUUUGACAAGCUGGCAGCGGAGAACCACUGCCUGCGGAUCAAGAUCCUGGGGGACUGCUACUACUGCGUGUCUGGGCUGCCGGAGGCCAGGGCCGAUCACGCCCACUGCUGCGUGGAGAUGGGGAUGGACAUGAUCGAAGCCAUCUCGCUGGUACGGGAGGUGACGGGGGUGAACGUGAACAUGCGCGUGGGCAUCCACAGCGGCAGGGUGCACUGCGGCGUGCUGGGACUCAGGAAGUGGCAGUUUGACGUCUGGUCCAACGACGUUACACUGGCCAAUCAGAUGGAAGCUGGAGGCAAAGCUGGGCGCAUUCACAUCACCAAGGCCACCCUGAACUAUCUGAACGGAGACUAUGACGUGGAGCCAGGAACGGGUGGAGAGAGGAACGCCUACCUGAAGAGAAACAACAUAGAAACCUUCCUCAUUGUGGGCUGCAGUCAGAAGAGGAAAGAAGAAAAAGCAAUGAUUGCCAAAAUGAACCGCCAGAGAACCAACUCUGUCACCCACAACAGCGGGCACUGGACCGACCGUCCCUUCUACAACCACCUGGCAAGAAAUCAGACCUCCAAGGAGAUGAAGAGGAUGGGCUUUGAGGACCCCAAGGACAAGCAUUUUAUUUUCAGAAACGCACAAGAGAACCUAAACCCAGAGGACGAGGUGGACGAGUUCCUGGGCCGGGCCAUCGACGCGCGCAGCAUCGACCGCCUGCGCUCCGAACACGUCAAGAAGUUCCUGCUCACCUUCAGAGAGCCCGACCUGGAGAAAAAGUACUCCAAACAAGUGGACUCCAGGUUCGGGGCGUACGUUGCCUGCGCCUCCCUCGUCUUUCUCGUCAUCUGCUUCAUCCAGAUCGUCAUCGUGGCACCCUCCGUCCUGAUGAUCGGCUUCUUCGUCACCUGCUUCAUCAUCCUGAUGGCCGUCAUGUUCAUCUCAGCGGUUUACUGCUGCUUCAGGAUCUUCCCGAUACCUCUGCAAACUCUGUCUAAGACGAUCGUCCAGUCCAGACUCAACAGCACCCUGGUGGGUGUCUUCACCAUCACCAUCGUCUUUCUCUCUGCCUUCAUCAACAUUUUCGCCUGCAGCGACCACGACCUGCGGAGCUGCAUCCAGCUGGAGCUGAACAUCAGCCUGGAGAGUGUGAACGCCUGCCACGCUGCGUCUCUCAACUACAGCCUGGACACGCAGCGCAGCCCCUGCGGAGACGACGGGCUCAUCUGCAGCUUUCCUGAGUACUUCUCGUCGUGCGUGCUGCUGAGCCUGCUGGCCUCCUCCGUCUUCCUGCAGGUCAGCAGCAUUGGGAAACUCUUCCUCAUGCUCUUCAUCGAGCUGCUCUACCUUCUCAUCAUGGAGGUUCCUAAGAUGAGCCUGUUUGACAACCAGGACCUGCUGGUCAUGGCCAACGCCAUCAGCUCUGCCGAGCACAUAAACGGAACAAGCUGUGUGGUAGACACCAAGGUUCCCCUGAAGAUCAUGACCCCCGUGGUGAUCACCGUCUUCGUCCUCGCCCUCUACCUUCACGCCCAGCAGGUGGAGUCCACGGCCAGACUGGACUUCCUCUGGAAGCUGCAGGCCACGGAGGAGAAGGAGGAGAUGGAGGAGCUGCAGGCUUACAACCGCCGGCUGCUGCACAACAUCCUGCCCAAAGACGUGGCGGCUCACUUCCUCCAGCGGGAACGCCGCAACGACGAGCUCUACUACCAGUCCUGUGAGUGCGUGGCCGUCAUGUUCGCCUCCAUCAGUAACUUCUCUGAGUUCUACGUGGAGCUGGAGGCCAACAACGAGGGAGUGGAGUGUCUGAGACUGCUCAACGAAAUCAUUGCUGACUUUGAUGAGAUAAUCAGCGAGGAUCAGUUCCGGCAGCUGGAGAAGAUCAAGACGAUCGGCUCCACCUACAUGGCGGCCUCCGGCCUCAACGACUCCACGUACGACAAGGCCGGCCGCUCACACAUCCGAGCGCUGGCCGACUACGCCAUGAGGAUGAUGGACCAGAUGAAAUACAUCAAUGAACACUCCUUUAACAACUUCAAGAUGAAAAUAGGUCUGAACAUCGGCCCGGUGGUUGCCGGGGUGAUCGGGGCCAGGAAGCCUCAGUACGACAUCUGGGGGAACACAGUAAAUGUUGCAAGUCGCAUGGACAGCACUGGCGUUCCAGAGAGGAUCCAGGUGACUGCAGACCUGUACCAGCUCCUGAGCUCCUACAACUACACACUGGAAUACCGAGGCAUGGUCACAGUCAAAGGCAAAGGAGAGAUGAUGACCUACUUCCUCACCGGCGGCCCGUCCAGCAGUUAACCUUUACUAAAUAAUGAACCAACGCGUGACGUCACGCGCCUGACGUCAUGGCAGGCUGGGCCACGGCAGACUGAGAUGGACCACAGUGUUUUCCUCACCGCUGUGAACCUUCCUGAACCCUGAGAGGAUUCAUCUGCAGGCUCAGCAAGCUCAGCCCCCGAGAGCAGCUCAUGCACGGACGAAGGCACGCCUGCUUGAAUCUUUAGACCAAAGAUGUCCAGUCAGAACUUAAAAAGACAGAUUUGGCCAACUAGGUCUGAAAGGAAAAAAAAGAUCCCAUUGGAAACUUCAUGAGCUUCAAUCUGCCAGCUUUCCUGACGGGUUCCCAGACGAACCCGCAGGAAGACAUAAGCUAUGUCAACCUCCGUUUCUCUGCCUUUUCUUCUGCUGAGAUAUUUACAGUAUGUACAUGUAAAACACAAAACAUUUUUAUGUGUAUGCAUAUGAUUUCCAGUACUGUUUAACAUUUGUCGAUGCUGUCGUCGUGGUUACGGUACAAACGUCUCUCAAAUGUGGACAACAAGCCAGCACUGCAUCACGUUUCUUCCAUGUCAACUUCAUCAGUAACUAUCUACGACGGAGGAUUAGGGCCAAACUAAGACAAAAAAAAAUUGGAAAUU